GCGCCGGAGACCUGGGGUUGGGCAGAGCUCAGUUCCGUGCAACUUUCAAGUGAGUUGCAAACUCCGCCCCGAGGCCGGUGCAGGUGUCCUGGCGCACUGGGGCCGCGGGAACCCGCACGAACGCAGGCUGCGACCAGCCACCCCUUGCCCGGGACCCACAGCGCCCCCGGCAAGGGCCGAACGCCUGGUUCUCCGGGGCAGGAAGUGCGCGUCGGAGCCGUAACUGCCCGAGCGGCGGGGCGGAAGAGCGUGCCGGCCGGUACCGGCUCCCAACUCGGUUCCUGCCUGCCCCGGCCCACUGGUCUCCCCAUUCUUCAGGCUUCCAGCACUGCGGAGUUAGUGGGCGGUGGGCUCCGCCUCCACCAAGAGGCAGCCCGAGCGCCCCUGUGGUUCCCACACCUCCGCUGUUAAUCCCAUCCCAGCUCAGGCGUGAGCGUCCCUCUGGGCCUCUUCCUGGAGGGAUCUCCCUUCGCUCCCGAGACUGCAGGAUGGUGUCCUGGAUGAUCUGUCGCCUGGUGGUGUGAGUAUGGCCGCUCUAAUACCCUCUCUAUCCCUGGAUGUCAGCCCGCCCCUGGGGUGGAAGCUGGGAAUGUCUGGUGGAGAAGGGGGCUUUUUCUGAGCUAUGUCACACCUUUCCCCUCCCUCCAACAUUCACCGCAAGGGUUAACGGACCUGCGGGCCUGCACAAGGCAUUGGGCACCGUGUGCUUGUCGCCCUGCACUCAAGCCUACUUGGCUGAUGGCGACCCCCUGCAGUCGCACACACACUGCAGGCAGGCUGGUGUUUGGGAUGCUGUACCCAACUUAUGCUUCCUACAAGGCUGUGAAGACCAAGAACAUUCGUGAAUAUGUUCGGUGGAUGAUGUACUGGAUCGUCUUUGCACUCUUCAUGGCAGUGGAGACCUUCACAGACAUCUUUAUUUCCUGGUUCCCUUUCUACUACGAGAUCAAGAUGGCAUUUGUGCUGUGGCUGCUUUCACCCUAUACCAAGGGGGCCAGCCUGCUUUACCGCAAGUUCGUCCACCCAUCCUUGUCUCGCCAUGAGAAGGAGAUCGACACCUACAUCGUGCAGGCCAAGGAGCGCAGCUACGAGACGGUGCUCAGCUUUGGGAAGCGGGGCCUCAACAUUGCCGCCUCGGCUGCUGUGCAGGCAGCCACCAAGAGUCAGGGCGCACUGGCCGGAAGGCUGCGGAGCUUCUCCAUGCAGGACCUGCGCACCAUCUCCGAUGCCCCCGCCCCCACCUACCAGGAUCCCCUCUACCUGGAGGACCAGGUACCCCACCGCAGGCCACCCAUCGGGUACCGGGCAGGGGGCCUGCAGGACAGUGACACCGAGGAUGACUGUUGGUCAGACACAGAAGUGGUCCCCCAGCCAUCAGCGCGGCCCCGAGAGAAGCCUCUGGGCCGCACCCAGAGUCUGCGUGUGGUCAAGAGGAAGCCGCUGGUGCGGGAGGGCACCUCGCGCUCCCUGAAGGUUCGGACGAGGAAGAAGACCACGCCUUCAGACAUGGACAGCUAGGGUCUGUGGAGCCUGGCCCGGUCGUACUUCGUGCCCUGCAGGGCGUUGGGACUGUUUGGAGGGGACCUCUGGCUGCACGUCUGGCCUGCCUGCACCAGCUGCCCGGGUGCUGCCCUCCUGACUCUUGCUGUCGGUUACGGGCCACGUGUGGGGCUGCACCCAUGAUGUACCAAAGCAGGCUGGGCUCAGGGUUCUAUUUAUUGUCCUCCUCGCCCCUCUACCUUCCCAGGUAUGGAACCAGAGCCCUCCCCAGACCCCUGAAAAAUGAAACCCAAAGCCCACCCAGCUGUGUUCGUUCCUUCCUGUCCUUCAAAGUACUUCACAGCCUUCUCCAAGGCCGUGUGUGUGUCCUGGUUGUGUGGUUUGUGUUGGUGAAUGAGGCCAGGUUUGUGGAAGUUUUGAUAAAUAAAUGCGUAAAAGUG